CGCCGGCUCCCUUCCGCUUCCGGUGUCCUACAGCCAUGGCCGCCGCCGUCGCUGCUGCCGGCGCCGGGGAGCCUCUGUCCCCAGACGAAUUGCUCCCGAAAGCCGAGGCGGAGAAGGCCGAGGAGGAGCUGGAAGAAGACGACGACGACGAGCUAGAUGAGACCCUGUCGGAGAGACUUUGGGGUCUGACGGAGAUGUUUCCGGAGAGGAUCCGGUCCGCCGCCGGAGCCACCUUUGAUCUCUCGCUCUUCGUGGCUCAGAAGAUGUACAGAUUUUCCAGGGCAGCUUUGUGGAUUGGGACCACCUCCUUUAUGAUCCUGGUUCUUCCUGUUGUCUUUGAGACAGAAAAGUUGCAAAUGGAGCAGCAGCAGCAGCUGCAGCAGCGGCAGAUACUUUUGGGGCCUAACACAGGACUGUCAGGAGGAAUGCCAGGGGCUCUACCUCCACUUCCUGGAAAGAUCUAGAUUAUUACUUCAGAGUUUGUCCGGGUGGGAGGACUUUGAAAUUGAGUUGUGUUUGAACUGCUGAUUGUUUGGACUUUUUUUUUUAAACUUUGGCGCAUCAAUCUAUUUAAUCUGGUGGGCACUCUCUCCGUUUCUCAUGGAGACUCCAGUUGCACCUGUGCCCUUCAUCAUGCUCUUAUUUCCCGGUCUGAUGCUAGAGGACAGCCAUGUGGAAGGUUAUUCCACGUUAUCCCUUAUAGUAAACUGCUCCUGUCGAAGUUCUCACGUGCCCCUUGUGGGGAAGAAGUAAGCACCCCUGACCCUUAAAGACACUUUCUUUAGAAGAAUGGGAAUGUCUGGGGCAUGUAAGCAAUGUGAAACUGACAAAAUCCAUUAUAGCUGCCAUUACAAAACGGUCAGCAGGAAUCCCUGUAUGGUGGAGAGAAGGGAGGCUGGCUGUAGCCUUAGCCAGAUGGGGACUGUGGACUGAGCAGGCGCUCCUCCCUCUGCACAUUUGGACCUGCGUGCUGUGUAAAAAAGAAGUCAGUGCUCACUUUUUGUAUUUAAAUAUUAAAAGAACUCCAACUGAAAGUGUUA